AUGUACCUCUCUUAUUUUCUUAAAUUCACUUUUUCUUCUCAUUCUUCAGAUUUUGACUUCUUAUUUACCGGUGCAAUCAUUUGGGUCAAAUAUGGAAAUAUGACUUUCAAUUUGAAAAUAGGGGAUAAGAAGAUGAAGAACAAGAUGGGAAACAACUGCCUUUUGACACUGGAAGUUGAUGACUUUCCUCGAAGCAUGCAUCACAACUGGGCAUUAUAUGGCCUGGUACAUGCUUGGGAAGCCAGCAAAGCAAAUUUUUCCCAGAGAAGUCAUAGGCAUACUCUUCAUAUAUUAGAAAGUGAGAUCAUAUUAUCUUACGGUGGUCUGCACGUUUUAUUUGCGGGACAAAAAAUUGGUGAAGGAAUAGGUAGAACAAGAAGGGAAGCACAGAAUGAGGCUGCUCAGGGAUCUCUUAUGAACUUGGCUGUUUUCAAGAAUUUCCCGAUGAGAACAUCGAAAGUUGUGCAUUCGUGA